AUGCCAGGAGAUCUUGACAUCGACCGCAUUAUCAACCGCCUUUGGAACUAUGAGAUGUUGGAGGAGUAUUUAAUUUACCAACUCACCAACAAAGUUGUUGAGCUGAUGUCGAAAGAACCAACUGUAUUAACACUCAAUUUGCCGUGCACUGUUGUUGGUGAUAUUCAUGGACAAUUCCACGACUUAAAAGAAUUGUUUUCUAUUGCGGGUACCCCACCAGAAACAACAUUUGUAUUCUUAGGAGAUUAUGUCGAUAGAGGUCACUACGGACUCGAGUGUUUGUUGUUACUUGCAGCUCUCAAAUUGCGAUUCCCAACAAAAGUUUCUUUGUUACGAGGUAACCACGAGUGUUCACUUCAAACGCGAGACUAUGGCUUUUAUGACGAGUGCAUGAAGAAAUAUGGUAAUGUCAACGUGUGGAAAAAGUGCAUUUCAAUAUUUGAAUUCAUGGCGACUGCAGCUACUUUGGAUAACUCAAUUUUCUGUGUCCACGGUGGUCUUUCUGAGACUGCCACCACCCUUGAUUCAAUCAAAGCACUAGAAAGAACACGACAAAUCCCACCAACUGGUGGAUACUGUGAAUUGAUGUGGUCCGACCCCGACGAGAAUCAACUCGAGAAAUUCAAAAAAUCCAGCAGAGGUGCCGGGUGUAUGUUUAAUUCUGUUGCUGUUCAAGAAUUCAACCAAACAAAUAACACACAACUCGUCUGUAGAGCACAUCAACUUGCACAAGACGGGUACCAAUGGUUCUUCAAAAACUUAUUGGUAACUGUCUGGAGUGCUCCAAAGUACUGCUACCGUAUGGAUAAUGUUGCCAGUGUCAUGGAAAUCGACUCGCCAACUUCUUACAGUUUUAAGGUCUUCGAGGCUGCUCCACAAGACACCAAUGGCUUUGUCAGCAAAAGAAAUCUGCCAGAGUGCUUUAUGUGA